GUUUGCAGAAGCUUCAAUGUCUACCCGUCUUCACCAAGAGAACAUAUAUGAUACCUCCCGUCAAGAGGUAGAUAUGUUUUGAAAUCUAGAUCAAAGGGGUUCUUUUUAGCCCAUUGUACAUCUUCAAUCUUUACUUUUCCAUCAACAAUUGCACUCCGGCCGUUGCGCCGCAUAUCAAGAUGCUGCGCGGGAUACCUUUCCCGAGUGUCUACGGCUCGUCGUCGACACUCUGCCGAAGAUCCCUUUUACAAUCCUUUGCUGGAAGACGACAACAGACUAGAUGUAUAUCUCUAAAAGUUUUAGCAAGACGGGAAGAGGCCGCAAGGCGUUGGGAUGAGCGAGCCGAGUUGAUUAGAGAGGGAAAGCUGCCACAUCUUUGGGAUACCUUCAAAGAGCGUGGCUACGUUAAAGAUAUCGCCGGAACCGAUGAACAAAUUAGCGAGCUUAUGAGGCGUGAAAGAAUAGGUGCUUAUGUCGGAAUCGAUCCUACCGCAGCAUCUCUCCACAUCGGCCACUUACUACCUCUGAUGCCCCUUUUCUGGAUGUACAUAAACGGCUACAAAGUUAUCAGCUUAAUAGGAGGUGCCACAGCCAAAAUUGGUGAUCCUACGGGCCGGUUAAAAAGUCGUGGAAAUAUGAGUUCAGCUGAUAUAAGUAGGAACAUCACCAAGGCACAUUAUCAAUUAAAGCGUCUAUGGAUUAAUCUUGAGACCAUGGCCGCGCGUCACGGGUACGAAAAAGAGAAUAAAGUCUGGAGCCGUGCUCUCUAUAACAACUCAAUAUGGUACAGCAGUCUGCCAUUUACGGAGAUCACCGGUCGGCUUUUCCGUAAAGUGCGAUUAAGUACUUUGCUCUCACGUGAGACCGUCAAGAACAAGAUGGAAAAGGGGGAGGGUAUGUCGCUCGAUGAACUCCUAUACCCCUUGCUACAGGCUUGGGACUUCUGGAUGCUGUUUAAAAGAAACGGUGUUCGAAUGCAGAUUGGUGGCUCUGAUCAAUAUGGGAAUAUCGUCUCUGGUGUGGAAUCGCUCAAAUACAUACGAGACAGCUACUCCAAUACGCCUGAGGCGUUCCCUGACGAUCUUUUGAAUAAUCCCGUCGGAUUUACCACUCCUCUUUUGACCGAUUCCGCUGGCAAUAAAUUUGGAAAGUCUGCUGGCAAUGCCAUCUGGCUUGACCCGUUUAUGACAAGCCCCUUCGACCUAUACGGCUACUGGAUGCGACGCCCGGAUGAUGAUGUUGAGAGAUUACUGAAGCUCUUUACUUUCCUUCCCCUGGAAGAGAUUACUAAGAUCGUAGAGAAGCAUAAAGAGGAUCCCCCCAAGCGCCAUGCCCAGCAUAUACUUGCUUUUGAGGUGGUCGCGCUAGUACACUCAAUGAAAGAGGCCCAAAACACCCAAGACCGACAUAAAGGCCUGUUUUCAAAAGGCGAUACCGUAGUAACCCAAUACCCAUCCAAAAACACCCCAGCGGUGAGCUCUCUGGCUGCGGCAUUCCAAAUCGAUAUUAAGCUCCCCAGGUCUUUGAUUUUGGGCAAAUCAAUAUCGCGUAUUCUAUUUGCUGCUGGUCUGGCCGAGAGCACCUCCGAUGCCCACCGCCUAACAAAACACCAGGGAGCUUACGUUGGCGGUGCCCCCGGUACAAACCCUAAUCCUUACAAUCGAGUUAUGAGAGAUGGUGACUUGGCUUUCACACCGGUCAAGAAUUGGUUCACCGAGGACACUCAAAAUUACCUAAUAGAUAAAAAGAUGUUGAUCCUACGACGAGGGAAACACUUCGUCCGGGUCAUCGAAAUGGUUAGCGACGAGGAAUGGGAACAGAGCGGCAUGAUAUAUCCCGGCGAACCGGGCACGGGUAGAGUCCGGGUGUUGAGACAGGCGCUACAGAAGGCGGCCGAGUCCGAAGGUCUAACGGACGAUCCUGAUACAAAAAGUGAAGUCUUAAAUCGCAUGGAGGAAUUGUAUUCGGAUAAUAGUAAGAUGUGGUCAGACGGCAAAGAGACGCCCGGCCCAAAUAUCCCGCAAAACCGCGCGAAGCAGAUCUUACAGCAAGCUCUACGGCCGUUCUUGCGGCGCGGACCACCAUCAGCUAGGAGUAAGACAGAAGCUAUCGACGAAGUGCUCGCGAGGACCCACAAGGAGUUGGAAAAAUAUAAGUUUGCAGGGAGAAAGCUACCUUGGGAGGAAACGGAGUCGCGCGAGAGAGAUCCUGAGGAAUAGGACGGGUCGCAAAUUCACAAAUUAUCAGAUAGAUACCUACCUGGUACCAAAAGUUUAGGAUCGACAUAGCCUAGUUGUAACUUAGCUGUACAAUAUACACAUCCCAAGUUA